AAUGUCCUUGUCCAUCACAGCUUGCUUACCAGAACAGCGCAGACGCCAUCCAAGUGUGACUUCCUCCAUAAAGUUAGAAACAAACAACAGCGGGUAUGUCAACUUCAUGAAAGCUUGUUCUACUAUUACCUUUCAUCAUCAUGACAUGUUUCUCAUUUAAUUACAAUAUCCAUAGAGUUUACAACAGUUUAUGUUGUAUUUCAGCAAUAUUAUUCCGAUAGUUAUUAUUGGUAACAUGUUACAUUACAGUGUCCUUAUUACAUCAGUAGUGUUAUUGUCUACAUGAUGUCUAAUUAAAUAAAAACAAUUUUAAAAAUGUCUUAAAGGGAAAGUUCAUAUUCAUAAUCUCCAGCACCACCCCAACAUCAAUGUAUGUGAAAAUUGUGCAUUUCUAUGUUUUUCGAUUAAGAUUUUAAAAAGAUAGAGAAAGAUAAGUGUUUCCAAUGACAUCACUGUUGCGCAUCGUGUGAUUUUGACCAAUUAUGAGGAGGCAUUGCCUACUAAUUACCUACUAAUUGUUUACUAAUUAGUUGAAGAUGUCAUUGGAAACACUUAUCUUCCUCUAUAUUCUUUACUACAAAACAUGGAAAUGCACCAUUUUCACAUAUGUUGAUGUUGCGUUGGUGCUGGAGAUGAUUACUAUACAGUAGAUUAUUUUUUCUUCCUGUAAUGAAAUGUAUUGUUCCCAGGUAAAUGAAGUACACAUUUCAGUCAGAUGAGUGCAUGGUCAUCACCAUACCUCUGGGCAGUCUCAGAGACGCUCAGGAGGGCCAGCUGAUGCCUGAGACGUUCCACUGUGUCUUCAAAGACGUCUACAAGGUCUUCCUCAAGGGUCAGCCCAAAGCUCUUGGGGUACGAAUGGCAAACGUUCCUCUACAGCCGAAUAUACAUUUAUUUCAGGCAGGCUAAUCUGUGGGUUAUCUAAAAUACAUUCAUGAUGAGCAGAAGUUACGUUGAACAUUUGAUAAAUGUUCAUGUAGGGGCCGGUUUCCCAGAUACAGGGUGGGUGUUUUUUUGUCCAGGACUAGGCUUAAUCUGUGUCCAGGAAACCGUCCUGUCUGUUAGUCUAAUUACAUCUUCUUCUUGUUUUCAGGCGGCUCAGCUCAUUGCUGGAGUCCUAGUCUUGAUUCUGGGGCUACUGCUUGUCCAGCACAGCCCAUUCGUUCUGUUCUACACCAUGCCCAGUGUCCUGGUAAGAACCACUGCAAUCCGCCCACAAAGUUGUUCAUGUUAUCAUCAUUUAUUGGAUUAGACAUAUGUUGAUACAGCUGAUGUUGGACCAAAGCUUUGCCUCAGCUCUAUCUGUUAUUCUCUCUUGUUGUCAGUGUACAUUGUGUGUGAAGUGUGUACUCUACAGUGAGGAUCAUACACUUACUGUUGAUUGAAUUUGUAAUCAGUCUCUCAAAUAAUGAAGGAAAUAAAUACAUGUUUGUUUUAUAAAGUAUGUUGCUGCCGGAAUGCUGACCUAUGCUGCAGGUCACUCUCCAAAUAUGUGUGUGGUAAGUUCAAGCUUUCCAAACGUAUCUAAAUUCAGUCAUGGAUCAAAUAUGAAAUAAUUGUAGAUGAUUUAAAUUAUUAUACAUUAUUAUGAAAAUAUUACACCUCAAAUAUAUCAUAAACAUACCAAUUGUAUAGUGAGGUGAUUCUGUGUUUUUCUCCCCUAUCAACAGGUCAAACUGUCAUUUUCCUUGAACAUCAUCAGCUGUUUCUGGACAGCGGCUGCUGUCGUUCUCUGCACUCGCCAUGUCUAUGAUGAUUCCCCAGUGGACCAUCCAGAGGUCCCAGAGUUAAUUACUUAAUUGUUUGGUUAUUCCAAUUAGUAAAUUAAUUAGCACUGGUUAUUACAAUUAGUUAAUUAAUUAGCAUUGAUUUGUUAAUGAGGUGGAAUAGUACAAGCAUUCAAAUCAGAUCACACAAUACGGAUAUUGAAUUGUUUGUUUGCUUUGUAAUUCUGUGUGAAUGUUCUCCACAAACAAAAUACCAAACCACAAUAGCUUAUCAACAUAAAAUGAAACCAGAAAGAAACAUGUAGUUAUGUACAAUGUAUUAAGUUACUAUUCUCUUGACUUUGUUUGUCAGGCAUUUGAUGGAAUCAAAUGGAUUGUUGCAGUUCUCCUGGUCAUUGAACUGGUUGUUGCCAUGGUGGUGAUCUACUGGGAGAGCAAAGCAGUGUGCAGACAGCACUUCAAUAUUCUGGUGAGACUCUAUGUUUAUUAUACUGACUGGGCUGAACAUUCUGGUGAGUCUCUAUGUUUAUUAUACCGACUGGGCUGAACAUUCUGGUGAGACUCUACUGUUUAUUAUACUGACUGGGCUGAACAUUCUGGUGAGACUCUACUGUUUAUUAUACUGACUGGGCUGAACAUUCUGGUGAGACUAUGUUUAUUAUACUGACUGGGCUGAACAUUCUGGUGAGACUCUAUGUUUAUUAUACUGACUGGGCUGAACAUUCUGGUGAGACUCUAUGUUUAUUAUACUGACUGGGCUGAACAUUCUGGUGAGACUCUAUGUUUAUUAUACUGACUGGGCUGAACAUUCUGGUGAGACUCUAUGUUUAUUAUACUGACUGGGCUGAACAUUCUGGUGAGACUCUACUGUUUAUUAUACUGACUGGGCUGAACAUUCUGGUGAGACUAUGUUUAUAAUACUGACUGGGCUGAACAUUCUGGUGAGACUCUAUGUUUAUUAUACUGACUGGGCUGAACAUUCUGGUGAGACUCUACUGUUUAUUAUACUGACUGGGCUGAACAUUCUGGUGAGACUAUGUUUAUUAUACUGACUGGGCUGAACAUUCUGGUGAGACUCUAUGUUUAUUAUACUGACUGGGCUGAACAUUCUGGUGAGACUCUACUGUUUAUUAUACUGACUGGGCUGAACAUUCUGGUGAGACUCUACUGUUUAUUAUACUGACUGGGCUGAACAUUCUGGUGAGACUCUAUGUUUAUUAUACUGACUGGGCUGAACAUUCUGGUGAGACUAUACUGUUUAUUAUACUGACUGGGCUGAACAUUCUGGUGAGACUAUGUUUAUUAUACUGACUGGGCUGAACAUUCUGGUGAGACUCUAUGUUUAUUAUACUGACUGGGCUGAACAUUCUGGUGAGACUCUAUGUUUAUUAUACUGACUGGUCUGAACAUGGAAUGUACAUAUAAUUAUAUUUAUAAACUGGGUGGUUUGAAUGCUGAAUGGCUGAAAGCCGUGGUAUAUCUAUACCACAGGUAUGACAACAUUUUUUACUGUUCUAAUUACGUUGGUAACCAGUUUAUAAUAGCAAUAAGGCACCUCAGGGGUUUCUGGUAUAUGGCCAAUAUACCAUGGCUCGGGCUGUAUCCAGGCUGUACUCUGCGUUGCGUCGUGCAUAAGAACAGCCCUUAGCCGUGGUAUAUUGGCCAUAUACCACACCCCCUCAGGCCUUGUAGCUUUAAUAUACUUCUUAUAUAGUGACAAGUGUAUUUACUGAGUACACACACUACAUAACCAAACAACACAUUCCUUGCAGGGCUCACUCAAUAAAGACACAUGGGUCUCAAUGAUGACUUCCUGUAUGGUUACAGAAAUAAAAUAAGAUGGUUGCAAUUUUUAUUUCCAGCCCAUAGUCACCCUGAAGCAGGAAGUAUGAAUCUGGACGACUGGCAAGAGCUCAACAAACAACAAACAACUAAGUGAAAUAAUUAUUCAACUUGUAUGACAUUUGUUUUACUUGUGGCAAUUUAUAGUGGAUACAGAUAGUCUUCACUCUGUAUAUGUUAUUAGGAUGUAGUAGUGAUUACCUAUGAUGUAGUAGUGAUUACCUAUGAUGUAGUAGUGAUUACCUAU